AUGUCGCAAGGACAAGCAAGAAGAAUGGGAGGCUUGCUCCCGGUUGCCCUCCUAGGGCUAGGGAUCCUCGGGCUCGCUGGCUGCAGCCCUCCGCCGGACCCGGUGGUGUGCACGCACGCAAACGUCACCUACCCGCGGACCGAGCAGGAGCUCGUCGCGGCCGUGGCGGCCGCGAAACGGAAGGUGAAAGUGGCCACCAAGCACUCACACAGCGUCCCCAAGCUCGCGUGCCCCGGCGGCCGCGACGGCACGAUCAUAAGCACCGCGUGGCUCAACCGGACGGUGCGUGUCGACGCCGAGAAGCGGCUCAUGACGGUGGAGAGCGGCAUGCUACUUCGGGACCUCAUCGAGUCCGCCACCGCCGCGGGCCUGUCCCUGCCGCAUUCACCGUACUGGUACGGCCUGACCAUCGGUGGGCUCCUCGCGACGGGCGCGCACGGGAGCUCGUUGUGGGGCAAGGGAGGUGUUGUUCACGAGUACGUGGUCGGGCUGAGGAUCGUGACGCCGGCGCCGGCCAGCCAGGGGUUCGCCAUGGUGAGGGAGCUUGGCGCCCAUCACCCGGACCUGGACGCCGCCAAGGUCUCCAUUGGCGUCCUGGGCGUCAUCUCUCAGGUAACUCUGGCCUUGCAGCCGCUGUUCAAGCGGUAG